UAUUCCUCCACUAAGGCGUUCCCUAGCAACGCAAGCUUGGCGGGCUUCUGUUGCGCUUGAUGCGCUCCCUGGUCCUCGCUCACGCACGUCUGUUUGAGCCCCUUCGACACUGCAUUCAACACCGCUUUCCCCAUACAGACCCAAUCUUGGUCUUUUGAGAUACCCUUCUGUUGUGCAUACUACCACAACAUACGAAUAUACACACACAAUGGCCUCCACCAACUACCGCGAAGCCUUCCAGCUCUUCGACAAGCGCGGCAACGGGCGCGUUGACCGCGGCGCCCUGGGCGAUCUUCUGCGCGCGUGUGGACAGAACCCUACGCUGGCCGAGAUCACGGAUCUCGAGCGCGGAGUGGGCGCUGACUUCGACUUCGAUACCUUCUCCAAGAUUCUCAACCGCCCCGGCGGCUUCCGCGAGCCCUUCGACAUCGAAGAAUACAUCCGCGGCUUCCAGGUGUUCGACAAGGACCGCAGCGGGUUCGUUGGCAAGGGCCAGAUCAAGUACAUUCUGACGAAUCUGGGCGAGAAGAUGAGCGAGGAGGAGGUCGACGAGCUGUUCAAGAGCACAAUUGAUGCGUCGAAUGACGAGGUGGAUUACAGGGAGUUCGUCAAGACGAUUGCGGAGAACUAGACUUCCUUGCAUCGGUUUGAGAGUGGUUACGUUCUUAUGAUCCCUAGCCUGGGAACGGAGGGGGGAGCUUCAUGUUUAUGGUUUCAGCAUGCGGAUACUGGCGUUGGGAUACUCGAGGGCACUGGUCUUCUUCAUUACCUGUGGGAGGAGAGCGGAGUUAUGUAGCCAGGCUGCUACUGCGGCCUCAAUGACACGAUUCAUGCAC